UGUCAAGUAAAUGAAUAGCUAAGGCUACAGCUCGUGAAGUUGUGUGGCGGAAGGAGCCUCUGGAUGAGAGCAGGAGAAUGAAGACUUGAAUACAUGAUUUCAUUCACUCAGCUGAGACUGCACGAGCAGCACCGGAGCUCUCGAGGACAAGCCACAAGUGCCAUUUUUUGGAUCUAUUCUUUAUACUUUCGUGAUUUAUUUCCUUUUCUUGAACAGACCAAUGUUGGAUAUAUGUUAAGCCUGCGUGGAAUCCCACAACUAUCCAUAAGAAGGAAUGCAUCUUUUCCUCGUGAAACUAAUUCUUCUGAUAUCACUCAUUACUUUGACGCAAGGCCUGGAAUGUUCGGAAAAAUGCCAAAAUGAGGGUACAUGUGAACCUACUGCUGAUGGGAGAGGAGAAUGCAAGUGUCUCGAUCAGUAUGCUGGCCCAGCAUGCCAGUUCCGCAACCCUUGCUUCCACUCUCCAUGCAGAAAUGGCGGCGUGUGCCAUUUGAUUACUUCUGCCAACAAGGUGGACUUUGUCUGCAACUGCAGCUUGGGCUACACGGACCGACUGUGCCUCACUCCCACCAAUAACGUGUGCCUUAGCGCCCCGUGCCGAAACGGAGGCACAUGUGAACUCACCAGCAUCUACAAUUACAGGUGUAAAUGCCCACCAGGCUGGUCAGGUAAAAACUGCCAGCAAGCUGAUCCUUGUGCCUCAAAUCCUUGUGCCAACGGAGGUCAGUGUAGUCCCUUUGAUUUUGACUACCUCUGCCACUGCACACCGUUCUUCUCAGGCCAAACCUGCAAACAAGACGUCAACGAGUGUGCCCAGAUUCCCUCUCCUUGCAAGAACGGUGGUGUGUGUGAGAAUGAGGUGGGCACGUAUCGCUGCAACUGCCCUGCAGAGUACACCGGGAAACACUGCGAGACCCUCUAUCAGCCAUGUAACCCCUCACCAUGCUACCACGGGGGCACCUGUGUACAGAAGGGAGAGACGAGCUACGAGUGCUCCUGUUUGCCAGGCUUUAGUGGCCAGAACUGCGAGGAGAACAUUGAUGACUGUCCAGACCAUCGCUGCCUUAACGGAGGGACCUGUGUGGAUGGAGUGAACACUUACAAUUGUCAAUGCAAGCCAGAGUGGACAGGUCAGUUUUGUACCGAAGACGUCAACGAGUGCGAUUUGAUGCCCAAUUCCUGCCAGAACGGUGGUACGUGCUUGAACACGCAGGGUGGAUACAACUGUGUGUGUGUGAACGGCUGGACAGGAGAUGACUGCAGCGAGAACAUCGAUGACUGCGCAGAUGCUGCCUGCCACGCAGGAGCCACGUGUCAUGAUCGGGUGGCCUCCUUCCUCUGUGAAUGUCCUCACGGGCGCACAGGUCUGCUGUGUCACCUUGAUGAUGCUUGCAUUAGUAACCCGUGUCAGAAAGGCUCCAACUGUGACACCAACCCUGUCAACGGCAAGGCCAUCUGUACCUGUCCUCUGGGUUAUGUUGGCCCAGCCUGUGACCAAGAUGUUGACGAAUGCUCACUGGGUGCAAACCCUUGUGAACAUGCUGGAAAGUGUAUAAACACAAAAGGUUCCUUCCAGUGUAAAUGUCUGCAGGGAUAUGUAGGAGCUCGAUGUGAACUGGACAUAAACGAGUGCAUGUCCAACCCAUGCCAGAAUGAUGCUACCUGUUUGGAUCAAAUUGGAGGCUUCCAUUGCAUCUGUAUGCCAGGGUACGAGGGAGUCUUCUGCCAGAUCAAUGCUGAUGAGUGCAAUAGCAUGCCCUGCCUCAACAAUGGGAAGUGCAUCGACAAGAUCAACAACUACCAAUGCGAGUGCCCCACAGGAUUCUCGGGCAGCCAGUGCCAGUUCGACAUUGAUGAGUGCGCUAGCACCCCAUGUAAAAAUGGGGCCAAGUGUAUUGAUGGACCCAACAUGUACACCUGCCAGUGCACUGAAGGUUACACAGGGCAGCACUGUGAGACAGAUGUAGAUGAGUGUCUUUCCAACCCAUGUCACUAUGGCACCUGUAAAGACGGCCUGGCGUCCUUCACCUGUUCCUGCCGUGCAGGUUUCACGGGCCGUCUGUGUGAGAUCAACAUUAAUGAGUGUCUCAGUCAGCCGUGCCAAAAUGGAGGCACCUGCCAGGACCGUGAGAAUGCCUACUUAUGCAUCUGCCCAAAAGGAACCGCAGGUGCUAACUGCGAGGUUAACCUAGAUGACUGUCAGAGCAAUCCCUGCGAUUAUGGAAGGUGCAUUGACAAGAUAAAUGGUUACGAGUGUGCCUGUGAACCAGGAUACACAGGGAAAAUGUGUAACAUCAAUAUUGAUGAAUGUGCCAUCAACCCCUGUCACAAUGGUGGAACCUGCGUUGAUCGAGUCAAUGGCUUUACAUGCCUGUGCAGAGAGGGGUAUCAUGACACUACCUGCCAGUCACAGCUCAACGAAUGCCUUAGCAACCCCUGUAUUCAUGGACACUGUGAAGACAAAGUCAAUGGAUAUAACUGUAUUUGUGACUCUGGAUGGAGUGGUGUCAACUGUGACAUCAAUAACAAUGAGUGUGAGUCCAACCCCUGUAUGAAUGGAGGCACCUGUAAGGACAUGACCAGUGGCUAUGUCUGCACAUGCCGCGCCGGCUUCAGUGGUCCCAAUUGCCAAACUAACAUCAAUGAAUGCGCCUCCAACCCUUGCUUGAAUCAAGGAACCUGUAUUGAUGACGUGGCUGGAUAUAAAUGCAACUGUUUGCUGCCUUACACUGGCGAGAACUGUGAGACCCUGUUGGCCCCGUGCAGCUCUAAACCUUGUAAGAAUGGAGGUGUAUGUAAGGAGUCCGAAGACUACGAGAGCUUCUCUUGUGUGUGCCCUGAGGGAUGGCAAGGUACAAACUUCACACCUAACAGUAAAUUUUGUUCUAGCAUCAAUAUUAUGCAUAACUACAUUGAUAUUUUGUGCUUUCCCUACCUUGUAGGCCAAACAUGUGAGGUGGACAUUAAUGAAUGUGUCAAAAACCCUUGCCAAAAUGAUGCCAUCUGUCAAAACUCUAUUGGCAGCUACAAAUGCAGUUGCAAAUCGGGGUACACUGGCCGCAACUGUGAGACCGACAUUGACGACUGCAAGCCCAACCCUUGCAGUAACGGUGGCUUCUGCAAAGACGCAGUGAACGCCUUCACUUGCACCUGCCUACCAGGUUUCCGGGGCAGCAGAUGUGAGGAGGACAUUAAUGAAUGUGAUAGUAACCCGUGUAAAAAUGGUGCGAACUGCACUGAUUGUGUGAACAGUUACACAUGUACCUGUCCACCUGGAUUUAGUGGGAUUCACUGUGAGAACAACACACCUGACUGUACUGAGAGCUCUUGUUUUAAUGGUGGCACAUGCGUAGAUGGCAUCAACAGCUUUACCUGCCUGUGCCCAGCGGGGUUCACUGGAAACUACUGCCAGCAUGACAUCAACGAGUGUGACUCCAGACCCUGCAAGAAUGGAGGCACCUGUCAGGACAGCUAUGGCACAUACAAGUGCACCUGCCCUCAGGGAUACCAUGGCGUCAACUGCCAGGAGCUGGUUAACUGGUGUAAGCCGUCUCCCUGUAAGAAUGGUGGUAUCUGCAGACAGAGCGGCACUAAGUACAGCUGCCAGUGUCAGACAGGCUGGACUGGUUUAUACUGUGACGUCCCCAGCGUUUCUUGCGAGGUGGCCGCCAAACAGCAAGGUGUAGAUGUGGUGCGGUUAUGUCGUAACUCUGGACAGUGUCUGGAUGCUGGAAACACACACUACUGUCACUGUCAGGCCGGAUACACAGGUAGCUACUGUGAGGAGCAGGUGGAUGAAUGCAUUCCCAAUCCUUGCCAGAACGGAGCAACCUGCACCGACUACCUGGGUGGCUAUUCCUGUGAAUGCGUGCCAGGUUAUCAUGGAGUGAACUGCUCUGAUGAGAUCAAUGAGUGUCUGUCUCAGCCUUGCCAGAACGGGGGCACAUGCAUCGACCUGAUCAAUACCUACAAAUGCUCCUGUCCCCGGGGAACACAAGGUGUGCACUGCGAGAUCAACAUUGACGACUGCACACCCUUCACCGACCCCGUCACCCAUGAGCCCAAAUGCUUUAACCAGGGUCGCUGUGUGGACCGUGUGGGCGGGUACCACUGUAUCUGCCCAGCCGGAUAUGUGGGGGAACGCUGUGAGGGUGAUGUCAAUGAAUGCUUGUCCAACCCUUGUGACCCCCGUGGCACGCACAGCUGCAUCCAGCUCACAAACAACUACCGCUGCGAGUGUCGCACAGGAUACACAGGUCCGCGCUGUGACAAAGUGUUUGAUGGCUGUAAGGGGAAACCUUGUCGUAAUGGAGGAACCUGUGCUGUGGCUAGCAACACACCUCAUGGCUUCAUCUGCAAAUGUCCACCGGGUUUUACAGGCUCAACCUGCGAGUAUGACGCUCAUGCUUGUGGGAGCCUCCACUGCAAAAAUGGCGGUACAUGCGUUUCUGGUCACAAGAGCCCCAAAUGCCUGUGCACCCCUGCCUUCACUGGUCCUGAGUGCCAGUAUCCCACUGAGGGUCACUGCACCACCAAUCCCUGCUACAACGGAGGCACGUGCGAGUAUAUCUCAGAGGCCCCGUACUACCACUGCAUCUGUCCUACUGGCUUCAAUGGCCUCUUCUGCCACAUCUUGGACUACAGCUUCCCAGGUGGAUCUGGUCGAGACAUCACACCUGCUCCAGAAGUGACGGCGAGCUGUGAGAUAGCAGAGUGUGAAAACAAGAAAGGCAAUAAGAUCUGUGACAGCGCAUGUAAUAAUUAUGCCUGCGAUUGGGAUGGAGGGGACUGCUCACUGAACUUCAAUGACCCAUGGAAGAACUGUUCGGCCGCGCUGCAGUGCUGGCGCUAUUUUAAUAACGGGAAGUGUGAUGAACAAUGUCACAAUGCUGGAUGCCUCUAUGACGGAUUUGACUGCCAGAGAAUGGAGGGCCAGUGCAAUCCACUCUACGACCAGUAUUGCAAAGACCACUAUGCAGACGGCCACUGUGACCAGGGCUGCAAUAAUGCAGAGUGCGAAUGGGACGGGCUGGACUGUGCCAACAACAUACCCGAGAAGUUAGCUGCUGGACUCCUGGUUGUGGUGGUCCACAUAAUGCCCGACCAGCUCCGAAACAACUCCUUUGGAUUUCUGCGGGAGCUCAGCAGAGUGCUCCACACCAACGUAGUUUUCCGGCGCGACAGCAAGGGAGAGGAAAUGAUCUACCCAUAUUACGGCAACGAGCAGGAGCUGAGGAAGCACAACAUCAAACGAUCACUAGAUGGCUGGAACGAUGUUUCUAGCAACGUCGUGAGCUCGGUAAAAAGCAGUAUUUACAAUAUAGUAGUGGAAGGAGGGAGAAAACGCAGAGAACUGGAUGAGAUGCAGAUCAAAGGCUCGGUGGUAUACUUGGAGAUAGACAACCGCCAGUGCUACCAGCAAACCUCAGAGUGCUUCCAGAGUGCGAAUGAUGUGGCGGCUUUCCUCGGAGCCCUGGCUUCCAGCGGCAAUCUUAAUAUGCCUUACGUCAUCGAGGCCGUCACAAGUAAGAUUGAUGGACCGUCGCCCAUAGAGCUCUAUCCCGUCUACGUGGUUUUGGCAGGACUGGCGCUGCUGGCCUUUGUCGCCGUGGGAAUGGUCGCUUCCCGUAAACGCCGCCGUGAACACGGUCAACUCUGGUUUCCGGAGGGUUUCAAGACCAGCGAGCCCAGCAAGAAGAAGAGGAGGGAGCCAGUUGGCGAAGACUCUGUUGGUCUGAGGCCACUUAAGAACUGUUCAGACAUUUCAUUAAUGGAUGACAACCAGAAUGAAUGGGGAGAGGAGGAACCAUCAGACACCAAACGGUUCAGGUCUGAGGAGCAGGCGAUUCUUGAUUUAGAUGAUCAGCCAGAUCACCGGCAGUGGACACAGCAGCACUUGGAUGCAGCUGAUCUGCGCAUCCCAUCCAUCGCUCCCACACCCCCUCAGGGCGAGAUAGAGAGCGACUGCAUGGACGUCAAUGCCCGAGGACCAGAUGGCUUUACUCCUCUCAUGAUCGCUUCCUGUAGUGGAGGAGGGCUAGAAACAGGGAACAGCGAGGAAGAGGAGGAUGCUUCAGCAAACGUCAUCAACGACUUUAUCUACCAAGGUGCCAAUCUUCACAACCAGACAGACCGUACAGGUGAGACGGCUCUACAUCUGGCUGCCCGCUAUGCCCGCUCAGAUGCUGCCAAAAGGCUCCUGGAGGCUAGUGCAGAUGCCAACAUCCAGGACAAUAUGGGACGUACUCCAUUACAUGCAGCUGUGGCUGCAGAUGCACAAGGAGUCUUCCAGAUUUUGAUACGGAACCGUGCCACAGACCUAGAUGCCCGCAUGCAUGAUGGCACCACACCUCUGAUACUGGCAGCAAGACUGGCGGUCGAGGGCAUGGUGGAGGAACUCAUCAACUGCCAUGCUGAUGUCAAUGCCAUUGAUGAUUUUGGUAAAUCUGCUCUUCACUGGGCAGCAGCUGUGAACAACGUAGAUGCGGCGAUGGUGUUGCUUAAGAAUGGAGCAAAUAAAGAUAUGCAGAACAAUAAGGAGGAGACUCCUCUAUUCUUGGCAGCAAGAGAAGGAAGUUACGAGACUGCUAAAGUUCUGCUCGAGCAUUUUGCUAAUCGGGAGAUCACAGACCAUAUGGAUCGGCUCCCACGGGAUAUCGCUCAGGACAGAAUGCAUCACGACAUUGUGCGGCUCAUCGACGAAUAUAACCUGGUCCGCAGCCCUCCCAUGCACAGCGCCCCCCUCUGCACCACCCUCUCCCCACCUCUCUGCUCUCCCAACGCCUUCAUGGGCAGCAUGAAGCACUCCGUACAAAGUAAAAAGCCCCGCAAGCCGAGCGCAAAAGGCAUCGGUUGCAAGGAUGGCAAAGAUAUGAAAGUCAAGAAGAAGAAGGCACAGGAUGGAAAGGGAAACUUGCUCGACAGCUCGGCUGUGCUCUCGCCGGUAGAUUCCUUGGAGUCGCCCCACGGGUACAUAUCUGAUGUCGCCUCCCCACCCCUAUUGACAUCACCCUUCCAACAAUCCCCCUCCAUGUCGCUCAAUCACUUACAAGGCAUCUCAGAUACCCACAUGGGCGUCAACCAUCUGGGCAUGGGCAACAAGCAGGACCUGGCCCACAUACAGUUUGAUCCGUUACCCCCACGUCUCACCCAUCUGCCAGUGGCCAGCUCUAAUGGCUCAAACGUCAUGAACGGCCAAUGCGAAUGGCUUGGACGGAUGCACAAUAGUAUGGGUUCGCAAAAUCAAUUCGGAGCCAUGAGGAAUGGCUCAGGUCAGGCCAACCUUCACCAAUCCGGCAUGAUGACGUCUCUCCACAAUGGCCGCCCCACUACCCUGUCUCAGAUGAUGAACUAUCAAAGCCUGCAGAACGCGCACCUCACCACGCAGCCGCAUCUACUGCAGCAGAUGCAGCAGAACAUGCAACAGAGACCGCAGCAGACAGGCGUCCAGCUGCAGCACCAGAGCUCGAAUGCACCCAGUGGCGUGAACCAGAACUUCAUCGGCAGUGAGCUGGGUGGCCCGGAGCUCCAGCAGAGCGCAGGGAACAGCAUGCCCAUCCACACGAUAAUCCCCCAGGAGACCCAGUUGCUGAACCCGUCCUCUCUGGGCCCCAGCAUGGCAGGCACACAGUUCCUGACGCCACCCUCCCAGCACAGUUACUCAGCCACCAUGGACCCCAACACCCCCAGCCACCAACUCCAAGGGCCUGACCACCCAUUCCUCACACCGUCUCCAGGUUCACCGGACCAGUGGUCCAGCUCGUCGCCCCAUUCCAACAUGUCUGACUGGUCGGAGGGCAUUUCCAGCCCUCCUACCAGCAUGCAGUCACAAAUCGGACACAUACCUGAGCAGUUUAAAUAGAACAAUAAUAAUCACACUCCAUAAACCUGCUUACUGAAGAGUCAUUAAUAUGCCUCUUGUACUAACCAUAUAUUUUUUUUUAAUUUAUUGAUAUUUUGUUAUUUAUACUUUUUUUUUUUUUUUUCGCCAUUUAUUUUUAAAUUUGGGCAAAAGAAAUUAUCUUAAAAAUAAUGAAGAAGAAGGUAAAUUUUUAUAAUGUAAUGCUAUUGACCACAAUACACUGUACUCAAAUGUACACACUGGGUAUUUAUUGGUCUUAAAAUAUGCCUGUUUUUUGUUUUUGUUUUUUCAGUUAAUCGUCAUUUUUUUUUUUUUUAUAAGAUUGAUUUAUCAAACCUAAUAUUGUAUAAAUUUGUAAAAAUGCAAAAGUUCUUGUACGGGCAUUUUAGAGAGCACGUUUUUAUACAACAAACUUCAGUGUUAAAGUAGAUUUGUGUUGUUUGCAACAAGCUGCUUUUCCGUUAUUAGAAGACGAAUGAUUGAAUUUGUUACACGUUAUUAUGUUUGAUAUUUGUUUUGGUUAGGUUCUCAUUUUUGUGUGUUUGUUACAAGGUUUAUACUACAAAUAAGUAGUGGUUUUAUAAUUGAACAUUUGUAUAGUUCAAAGUGAUUUUGCUCUUUCUUUUUCUUUCUUUCUCUCUUUCUUGUAUAUUAAAUUCCUGCAAAAAGCAGAUUUCUAAAUGUCCACUGUGAACGUGGAUGUGAAAGUGAGGAUCUGAACUAAUUACAGGAAAUUCUUGAUAUUUACCUGUAUAAAACAGGUACCAAUAUCAAGUGCUUUGUAUCUUUCCUCCAGUCUUGUAGAACUGGUCAUGUGGCCAAAAGUGUCUGGGGUUUUAUGGAGGUGUUUCAAAUUGAACUUCUCUUUACUGUACUUCCAGUUUUGUAUCUUUGUUUGAGCCUAUGGCUAAUGUAAAUAGAUAUAUUGUAUGCGUUUGUCAUGUAAACAGGAUUUUGUUUCAGAAAUCUUAAGUGUGCCAUGGAAAUUUGAAAUAUUUUAAUGCUACGUAGUUAUGUUUUCUAUCAUACGCAGAACGUAUAUAUAUAUUUUUUUUCUCAGUAUCACUGGGGUAGAGACAAAUAUAAUAAAUGUAUACACACAAACGACUAGAGGAUAUGCCAUAUAAAAUAACACAAUUAGAUGAUUUAUGACUCACUAUUUAUUGACCACCAAUAGUUUUCCACAAAAUCACAAAAACAAGUUAAAAGGUCCCCAUAAAGGGCUGUGGUGGUGUCAUAUAUCCUCUUUAAGCCAUCAGUACUUCAGAGUUCAUCAGAUUUGAACAGCACUGAGUAUACAAUAUCUGUAAAUGUUACCUAUCUGCAAAUGUGUAGUUUACAUGCAGAAUAUUUUCUGUCAGUUCUACUGUCUGUACAAGUUUCUUUGAAUAAUAAAAGAUACCAAUGUGUAUUCAGAUUUCA